AAACUAAAGUUCUUAAAGUAAUAUUUUUAAACUUAUGCAACGAUUUAGACUUAUUCAGACUUAACUGUUUUCAACUUAGUCUUCUUCAAGUCACUGAGAACUGGAAUAUUUUUUACGAAGUAAAACUCAAAAAAUUCUAAACGGCGACAACGCUUUGAAUCAUUUUAUUUUAAAGAAAUUGACAAGAUGCCACUUUGUUGUUAUCAAUAUCAGUUGUGUCACGCGAUCAUUGUUCAACCUUUCCAAUUUUAGACACCUAUAAUUAUAAGAAAUCUAUAAAAACUUGAAAAAUGCAAAGUUUAGUGAAUAAUGUUAAAGGAAAAGCUUUGAAUGUAGCUGAAUUUUUUACUCCUAUUCUGAAGGAAUCAAAAUUUAAGGAAACAGGUGUUUUGACACCAGAUGAGUUUGUAUAUGCAGGAGACCACCUAGUUCAUCAUUAUCCAACUUGGCAAUGGGCUAAAGGAGAUGAAGCCAAUUUGAAACCAUAUCUCCCUCCUGAAAAGCAAUUUCUUGUUACUAGAAAUGUUCCUUGCUAUAAACGAUGUAAAGAAAUAGAAUUAGCUGAGCAUCAUGAGGAACUUCUUGAAACUGAAGAUGAAGAUGGAGGCUGGGUUGAUACUCAUCACUACUCUGAUAGCUCUGCUGCUGCGCUUGCAGAUCAAGUUCAAGAGAUGACUGUUCAACCUAAUGUAACUGCUCCAAAUCUAAUGAAUAAAGUUGUUGCUGAUGCUGAUAGUGAUGAGGAUGAAGAUGAUGAUGAAGAAGCUCUGGAUAUGGAUGAUUUCAUGCAAGGUGGAAUGAUUGAAAACAAUGAUAAGGCUACAUUGGACUUGGCGACUGCUACAAAUCCUGAAACUGAUACUAACAAUGCAGCAAGUAAUGAAGCUGGAAUAGUGCCAACACGCACCUAUGAUUUAAAUAUUACAUAUGACAAGUACUAUCAGACACCCAGGUUAUGGCUCUUUGGUUAUGAUGAGAAUCGGAAACCCUUGACAAUUGAAGAAAUGUACGAAGACAUUAGUCAAGACCAUGCAAAGAAAACUGUUACCAUGGAAAGUCAUCCUCAUCUACCUGGUCCCCCCAGAGCAUCAGUUCAUCCUUGCAGACAUGCUGAGGUGAUGAAGAAAAUUAUUCACACUGUCACCGAGGGUGGUGGAGAACUUGGUGUGCACAUGUAUAUAAUCAUUUUCUUGAAAUUUAUGCAAGCAGUCAUUCCAACUAUUGAAUAUGAUUAUACUCAAAACUUUUCUUUGGAAUAAACUGCACGCUUUUCAAAAAAAAAGAAGUAAAAAAAUGUAAAUAGAAUUGCUCUUGCAUAUUGUGUGAUAAAUAGAAAAUAAUUUCUGUAAUUUUUCAUUGUUAAUCAAACUUCUGCCAGACUAAAUUAUGGGUCCAACUUAUUUAUUUCAAUAUUUUUCAUUAUUUUUUUUCUGCGUUGUUAAUUGAUAAUGAUUAACUAUAAUGUUAGAUUAUGUGGCAUGCAAUUGCUAAGAUUUAUCAUUAGAUAUUUAAUUCUUAUUUAUCUAAAAUUUGAGUUACAAAAAAAUUAUGUAAAAGAAAGAAACUAUAUCUAUAUAUAAUGUAGAUUGUUUUCUAAUUUUUAAUAAAAAUGUCCACUUAGCUAUUUUAUGCUAUGCUGUAUUUUUAAUUGUAAGCAUUACUGUUAUGUAAAUUAAAUAAUUUAUCUAUUACCUAAUUUAAGCCAAAGUAUAAUUAUAUUGUUACACAAAAUGAAAAAUUAUGUACUUAAAUUCUUCCCGUUAAAGUUUGAGAUUAAAAUUAUAAGAGAUUAGAUAUUUUAAGCCAGUAAAAUCAUUCGAAAAAGAAAAACUUUACUCAAAUUUUUUCUCUUAAAUGAUGUAUGCUUCUAAAAAAUAUUUUUAAAAUUAAUUAUUUAUAUUUUGUAAUAAGCAAAUGCAAACAUGAAAUAAUUUUUAUUUCUUAUUUUAAAAAUAAGUUUGUUUAUCGUUGAAUUAACCUUUUUUUCUGCUGAUUGAAAAUUUUUAAAUAUCAAUUUAAGAGAUUUUAUUUAUAAAACUUUUAAAAAAUGUUCCAUAUUUAUACAUCUUUCUUUUUUGUUUCCUUUUGUAGUAUGUAGGCGUAUUUUACAUUUAAUUUAUAGAGAGCUGUUUUUUGUGAAUAUCUUUGAUCAUUUCUUUUUUUGCUUAUACCACAUAUCUGCUAUAAUUUUUAUACCAGUAAGAUAUUUAAACAUGAAAUCAUCUUAUUCUACUACUUUGAUGUGUUAAAACAGAGAUUGACAUUUAAAAAUAAUGUAAAUUUUGUAAUUAUGAAUGUUACCAGAUUUGUUUCAUUGCAUAAGUGUAUUUAAAUUUAAUAAAAGUGUCUAUUUCAA